ACCGUUACAGUUGCCGUGCACGCUUUAAAGUACAAGUGUGAGCUCAAUAUAAGAGCUAGCUGCAUGUCUGGUUUAAUUGAGAAUGUGAAAUUAUUGCACGCAUAGUGGACAAUUUAUGAAUAGUUACUUCAGAAACUGUCGAAAGUUGUUUCCUUGAGAUGGAGCUGGUGGAUGAAGCAGCAGUGCUUGCCACCGAGAAGUAUGGCUCCCAAGAAACAUGGAAGUACCGUCUGAAGGGCGACGUGAUAAAUAGAGAGAGACAAGCGGAUGGCAGCUCCAGAACAGGCGGUUCCAUCACUGGGGCUUUCAAAAGUAUUUUCCUGCCUCAAGGAUACCCAGAGAGUGUCAGUGACGAUUAUGUGGAAUAUCAAAUCUGGGAUACACUGCAGGCAUUCUCCAGCUCUAUGUCGGGUACCUUAGCAACACAAGCAUCUUUGAAGGGUGUUGGGGUGGGAAACCAGGCAGCAACCGUAGCUGCGGCAACUGUUACCUGGCUACUCCGAGACGGCACCGGAAUGCUGGGCAGGAUCUUGUUUGCGUGGUUGAAAGGGAACAAGCUUGACUCAGAGGCAAAGAAAUGGAGGCUCUUUGCUGAUAUUCUCAAUGAUUUCGCUAUGUUCAUUGAGAUCUUGGCCCCAUACUAUCCACCUAUGUUCACACUCAUUGCUUGCAUCGCUGGAGUGUUUAAGUCAAUAGUGGGGGUGGCAGGUGGAGCCACCAGAGCUGCCCUUACAGUCCACCAGGCUCGAAGAAACAACAUGGCUGACAUCUCUGCUAAAGAUGGCAGCCAGGAGACCUUGGUGAACUUAGCUGGCCUCCUCGUUAGCCUUGUUUUAAUUCCUCUGGUAACAGACAAUCCCAGAUUGACAUUUGCCCUCUUCUUCCUCUUUACUGCCUUACACCUGUUCGCCAAUUACAAAGCUGUUCGCUCGGUUGUCAUGGAAACCCUUAACGAGGCCAGGUUGUCUAUUGUUCUUGAGCAGUAUUUGUCUGAUGGGAGGGUCCUCAGUCCCCGGGAGGCCAAUCCAAAAGAGCCGGUGUUUCUGGAAUGGCGAAAGGAAGUGCCUAUUAAACUAGGAGUGAGUCUGAGGGAACUCGUUACAUCAACACAGGACCUGCAGUUGGCCUUGAAACACCACCACAAGCCUUUCCUCAUUGGCAUCCAACAAGGUUGUGUGUCGGUGUGCUUGUCGAGUGAGGCCUCGGUUGCUGAUGAGAUUGAGGCGGCCUGUCAGGCGUUGUGUCUGGCGGCGGUGAUGAAGGCCUCUCCUCCUCCUCCACAGCAGCUGAGGCAGCUGGCACUGGCUAAGGGCCAAGAUCCCUGGGUUUUAGUGUCUGAAAGCUACAAAUUCAUGGACCAGAUGUUUCCUGCGUUUCUUCUAGAUUUGGAAAAAGCCAAAUGGCUUACGGACAGAACACUCUUGGAUUGGAAUGAGUGGAGAGUGGACUGGAGAAAGAAGAUGAGCUGAACUAAACAGCCCAGGAGGGAACAAGUUGAAAGAAAUGUGCCAGUAAAGGCAAACUAGGACCAAAUUUGACUUGAAGGAAAAUAAAUAAAGUAUGUCACAUGGUGGCAUGGAAAUUCAAUAUUAGACACCCCCUUCAUAGAAAAAAAUGGCAGUAUAAACAUGUAUCUCAUACACAAUGUUUUUCAUGUGGCCUAAAUAGGUUUCAAUAGGAACUGUUUUUAUACUCUGUUGAUCAUUUGCAAUAAACAUUCUGAAGUUUC